AAAUCGUCAAUUUUGUGAACGAUUGUCAACCUGAAAUCAGCCAGAUUAAAUUUCCAAUCCGUACCCCUUUAACCGUUUCAGAUGUAUAUAAUAAUAAUUAAAUUAGUUAAAGAAAGUCUAGCUAGUUAGUGUGUGUGCGCGUGUGCGUUUAUCUCUAUAUAUAUUGACUCAUUUCCAAACACACAAUCCACUUUCAUACAAAGAAGCCAAAACCAAACUUAUAUGUAAAGCAACGGAGAGAGCUCCAAAGCUACAACAAAGAAAGAACAAACAAACACAAAUUCCAUCAUCAAACACAGAAAUAUUAUGGCGGAUGAAUAUUAUCAACUUCAAGCGGAGACAACAUGGUGGAUGAAUCCACCAAUUAGAAGCAGCAUGAUGUUUGGAUCAUCACCUUGUUCAUCAUCAGCUGGAGGAAUCAAUCUUGACUUGGGAAGCUUUGGAUGGCCAACCAGUACUGAUUUCCUAGACAUCAAAACAACAACAACAACAACAACAACAAGAUGCAGUCCAGAUGAUCAUCAGUCUCAUAAUAACAAUAAUUCAUCAGCCAAUUCUGAUGGAUCUUCCUCCAUAGUUAUUCAAGACUUGCAGAAACCUAACUCAGAUUCAGCCACCAGCUCAAUGGAUUCAGCCCUUCAAAUUAUAGCUACUUCUCUAGGUCUUCCUUCAUCAACAACAUCAACAACAACAGCUGAUUGGGAUUCAGCUUUAAUCCAUGGUGGUAAUGGAAGGCCUGAUCAUCAACAAGCAGCCAACAAUUACCAGAAUUCCAGCAUGAAUUACCGGCAAGAAAUCGGUAUUGAUCAGAAUUGUACUUCUGAUCAUCAUGAUCAUCUUCAGAUCCAAAACAACUUUGCUGCUCCUCCAGCUGGAUUUCCAAUGAAUCCUGCCUCUUAUGGUUACCCUUCAAAUCUGCUUCAAACGCUGUUUGAUUCUGAGCCUCAGCCUCAACAACAACAAGUAAUAGAAUCUUCUUUAUAUACGAAUCAUCGAGCCAUGAACAACAACUAUCAGACAAGCUUGAAUAAUGAGCUUCCUCCUGCAUCUUUGCCUAAAUUCAAUCCUAUGCAACAAAAGCUACAACUUCCCAAUAAUCUUCCUUUCUCCGCAACCCCCGGGCAAAACUUUGUUAAUGGUUCAUCUUCAGCUGCAGCUUUGAAUGAUCUCCGGGCCAGUUUUUUCUCACCAACAGUACAAUCUCAGUUUCUCUCAUCGACGUUUAGCGAAAAGGCCAAUCUUCCCAACCUCACUGCAAAGGUUAACAGUGAUGAAGUAGUCCAAAGUUUAGGGACAACAACGGCGAAGAAAAGUGGGAGUACUGAGCCAGCGUUUAAACGGCCUAGAAUAGAAACUCCAACGCCAUUGCCAACUUUUAAGGUUCGAAAAGAGAAGUUGGGGGACCGAAUAACUGCCCUCCAGCAAUUGGUUUCGCCUUUCGGAAAGACUGAUACUGCAUCAGUUCUCCAUGAAGCAAUUGAGUACAUCAAAUUCCUACAUGAUCAAGUCAAUGUAAGUCCUUUUUUAUGACUUUUUUUUUUUUAAUCUCCCUUAAUAUAUGAAACCUUAACAUUUUCAAGAUUAAUUUUUGAUUAGGUGGAUUGAGAAGUACUGUUUGAUGUUGUAUUUACAGGUGCUAAGUACUCCAUACAUGAAAAACGGAUCUCCCGUUCAUCAUAGGCAACAGGUAGGGAUUGAAACCUAUAUCAUUCUACGAGUAUAAUUGAUCGAUAUAUUUUUUUCUCAAAAAUGUAUUGCAUAAGUACUCCAUUCAAGUUCUUACAAAUGUCAUGUUAGACGUUUUGUAAGUACUGGGAAGUUACUAGGCCAUGCUUGGAUUGUUAUUUUGUGCUUUGUGCGUGUGCGAGUGGGUGGGUGAGUUUUUUUUUUUAAAAAAAAAAAAAAUUAUUGUUUCAUUUUACAUAUUCAAUCCAUCAUUCUGCGUUUUGAAAUUUUCAAGAAAACUUCUUUCAGUUUCCAACGAUAAAAAGAAGGGGAAAAAAAAACAAAAAAAAAAAACACAACCCAUAAUAUACACUUUUAAUGUCUAACCUUUUGAUAUGGGGAAGAGGUGUAGAAAUUUACAACCGGAAAAAUGUUCCAAUUCAUUGUACAGUAGACUAAUUUUAUGACAUCAAUAUUCAAAAAGUUCAUCAUAUUUUAUAUUGCACUUUCUUUCACGAAGUACUUGAUAUAUAAUACCGUCAUAGUAAACAUAAUUUGUAUAAUGUUAUGCAGAUAUCAGAUAAAUCAAGAAAUCAAGAAGGAUUAAAAGAAGGCUUGAAAAGUAGGGGACUUUGUUUAGUGCCAAUAUCCAGCACCUUUCCAGUAGCAGCUGAGACCACAACUGAUUUUUGGACUCCAACAUUUGGGGGCACAUUUAGGUAGAAGAAAGAAGAAGAAGAAGUUAAAAAAAAUCAUCAAAAGCUUACACGACAGAUAUUCGUAGAGCUGACACAAUAACCAAUCAAAAAGUGUUACAACUAAUUAAAUCUGGAAGAAAAGUUGUAUGGAUUAGUACUACAAACUGAAAGCAAUUAUAAGGAUAUAUGCCACAUUAUUGCUGUUAUAGCAAGUAUUGGAUGGAAAGCUAAGAUUAGGAGAAGAAGGAAAAGGGAAGUGGCCCUCUACAAGGAAAAGAAGCCAGCCAACAAUGCUGGGCCAAUCUACAAAAGCACAAUGAUUUCAAAGGUGCGCAAGGAUUAGGUACAUUGUAAUAAUUAACAUUUUUAGUAUAAUUAAGUUUAGAUUAAAUGUGGGCUAAGGAACGGGAACAAGUGCUAAAUUUGGUUGAUAAUAUUUAGAUUAGCUUUUGAGGGAUAUAUUAUGUAUUUAUUUUGUGUAAUGCGGUUUGGUUGAGCACUUGAGAGCUGAAUUUAGCACGUUUAAGUGUAUUAUUUGUUCCUGUUUCUUUUAAUGAAAGUUACUUACAUGUUCUGGAGAUGGUUUGAUGUUCUCUUGC